CCCUUUCCAGCAGGGACACAGUAGGAAGUUUCUGCUGGGGUCUGCACUGGAACUAUACCACUAAAUCUACCCCUGUAUGACUAGGACCUAAGAAUUCUUGACAGGACCACAGAGAGUCUACAUGUCUAAUAUCUAGACAUGUUCAGCUUUGUGGAUACAAGAUUACUGCUGGUAAUAGCAGCAACGAUCCUAGCAGCAAAAUGUCAAGGAGAAGAAGACUCAUAUGACUUUUCCCAAUGCACCCAUGAAGGCAAAAGGUAUAAUGACAGGGACGUAUGGAAACCAGAAGCUUGUCAGAUCUGUGUAUGCGACAACGGAAAUGUACUCUGCGAUGAAAUAAUGUGUGAAGAUGCAAACUGCCCCGACCCAUCAAUCCCAGAAGGAGAAUGCUGCCCAGUUUGCCCUGGGGAUGAUGUUAAUGGUGAAAGUCAAGAUGGCCCAGUUGUUGAGGGCCCCAGGGGUGAUACCGGUCCAAAGGGAGAUAGGGGACUACCUGGCCCACCUGGCAGAGAUGGCAUCCCUGGCCCACCUGGACCCCCAGGCCCACCUGGCCUUGGCGGAAACUUUGCUCCUCAAAUGUCUUACGGUUAUGAUGAGAAGUCUGCUGGUGUUUCCAUGCCUGGCCCAAUGGGUCCAAUGGGUCCCCGUGGUCCCCCUGGCCCAUCUGGCUCACCCGGACCUCAAGGCUUCCAAGGACCCCCUGGUGAACCCGGUGAACCUGGCUCUGCUGGUGCUAUGGGACCCCGUGGCCCCUCAGGACCUCCAGGAAAGAAUGGCGAUGAUGGUGAAGCUGGAAAACCUGGCCGCCCUGGUGAACGUGGACCCCCAGGCCCACAGGGUGCCCGUGGUCUCCCCGGAACUGCUGGUCUCCCAGGAAUGAAGGGACAUAGAGGUUUCUCUGGUCUUGAUGGAGCUAAGGGUGAUACUGGCCCUGCUGGUCCCAAGGGUGAGCCUGGCAACCCUGGUGAGAACGGUGCCCCUGGACAAGUGGGUCCUCGCGGUCUUUCUGGUGAGAGAGGUCGCCCUGGUCCCCCUGGCCCUGCUGGUGCUCGUGGUAACGAUGGUUCUCCUGGUGCUGCUGGUCCUCCUGGUUCUACCGGUCCCAGCGGACCACCCGGAUUUCCCGGCGGUGUUGGCCCCAAGGGUGAUGCUGGUCCCCAAGGAUCUCGUGGUCCCGAUGGUCCCCAGGGUGCUCGUGGUGAACCUGGUGCUCCCGGACAAGCUGGCGCUUCUGGCCCUGCUGGAAAUCCUGGUACUGAUGGUCAAGCUGGUGCCAAGGGUGCCACUGGUGCUCCUGGCAUUGCUGGUGCUCCCGGAUUCCCUGGUGCCCGUGGCGCUCCUGGAAAUCAAGGCCCUGGUGGUACUCCUGGUCCCAAAGGAAACAAUGGUGAACCUGGUGCUCAAGGAAACAAGGGUGAACCUGGUGCUAAAGGAGAACCCGGCCCAGGUGGUGUUCAAGGACCCCCAGGUCCCCCUGGUGAAGAAGGAAAGAGAGGAUCUCGUGGUGAGCCUGGACCUGCUGGACUUGCCGGACCUGCUGGUGAACGUGGUGCCCCUGGAAGCCGUGGUUUCCCUGGUGCUGAUGGUGCAUCUGGCCCCAAGGGUCCCCCUGGUGAACGUGGUCCCGUUGGCGCUGCUGGUCCCAAAGGAUCUCCUGGUGAAUCUGGUCGCCCUGGUGAGCCUGGUCUUCCCGGUGCUAAGGGUCUGACUGGUAGCCCUGGUAGCCCUGGUCCUGAUGGCAAAACUGGCCCUGCUGGUGCUCCUGGUCAAGAUGGCCGCAGUGGACCUCCUGGCCCACCUGGUACUAGAGGCCAAUCUGGUGUAAUGGGUUUCCCUGGUCCUAAAGGAGCAGCUGGUGAGCCUGGAAAGCCUGGCGAAAGAGGAGUUGCUGGUCCCCCUGGUGCUAUUGGUGCCCCUGGCAAAGAUGGUGAAGCUGGUGCUCAUGGUCCCCCUGGUCCUGCUGGUCCCGCUGGUGAGAGAGGUGAACAAGGUCCCGGUGGAUCUCCUGGAUUCCAAGGUCUUCCCGGAUCUCCAGGUGCUUCCGGUGAGAGUGGCAAACCCGGUGAACAGGGUCCCCCUGGUGAUGUUGGUCCUUCUGGUCCAGCUGGUCCAAGAGGUGAAAGAGGUUUCCCUGGCGAACGUGGUGCUCAAGGUCCUCCUGGUGCUCAGGGACCCCGUGGUUCUAAUGGCUCUCCUGGUAACGAUGGUGCUAAGGGUGAAGCUGGUGCUCCAGGUAGCCCUGGUGGCCAAGGACCCUCUGGUCUUCAGGGAAUGCCCGGUGAACGUGGUGCUGCUGGUCUGCCUGGUUCUAAGGGUGACAGAGGUGACCAAGGUCCUAAGGGAAGCGAUGGUGCUCCUGGCAAAGAUGGCGCUAGAGGUUUAACUGGUCCUAUUGGUCCUCCUGGUCCAUCUGGUGCUCCUGGUGACAAGGGUGAAGCUGGUCCUGCUGGUCCUAAUGGCCCCAGUGGCGCCCGUGGUGCUCCCGGUGAACGUGGUGAGCCUGGUCCUUCUGGUCCCGCUGGAUUUGCUGGUCCCCCUGGUACUGAUGGUCAACCUGGUGCCAAGGGAGAACAAGGAGAUGCUGGUCUUAAAGGAGAUGCUGGUCCCCCUGGCCCUGCUGGUCCCACUGGUUCUGCCGGCCCUGCUGGUGCAAUUGGUGCUCCUGGUCCCAAAGGUUCUCGUGGCCCCGCUGGUCCCCCUGGUGCUACUGGUUUCCCUGGUGCUGCUGGACGAGUUGGACCCCCUGGCCCAUCUGGCAAUGCUGGACCACCUGGACCUUCUGGACCAUCUGGAAAAGAAGGACAAAAAGGACCUCGUGGUGAGACUGGCCCAGCUGGACGUGCUGGUGAACCUGGAACUGCUGGUCCUCCCGGACCUCCUGGCGAGAAAGGAUCUCCUGGUAGUGAUGGCCCUAAUGGUGCACCUGGUACUCCCGGACCUCAAGGUAUUGCUGGUACUCGUGGUACCGUUGGUCUUCCCGGACAAAGAGGAGAAAGAGGCUUCCCAGGUCUUCCUGGACCUAGUGGUGAACCCGGCAAACAAGGUCCAUCUGGCCCCAGUGGUGAACGUGGUCCCCCUGGCCCUGCUGGCCCACCUGGCUUAGCUGGACCUCCCGGUGAAUCUGGUCGUGAGGGUUCUCCUGGAUCUGAAGGUUCUCCUGGUCGUGAUGGUGCUGCUGGACCCAAGGGUGAUCGUGGUGAGUCCGGACCUGCUGGUCCUCCUGGUGCUCCUGGUGCCCCUGGCGCUCCUGGCCCAGCUGGUCCUGCUGGAAAGAAUGGCGAUCGUGGUGAGACUGGUCCUGCUGGCCCUGCUGGCCCCGCUGGUCCUGCUGGUGUUCGUGGCCCCGCUGGUGCUCAAGGCGCACGUGGUGACAAGGGUGAGGCUGGAGAACAAGGAGAGAGAGGCAUGAAGGGACACAGAGGAUUCAAUGGUCUUCCCGGACCACCUGGCCCCCCUGGUCAUUCUGGAGAACAAGGUCCAUCUGGUGCUUCUGGUCCCGCUGGUCCAAGAGGUCCCCCUGGAUCUUCUGGCAAUGCUGGCAAAGAUGGUGCUAAUGGUCUGCCUGGUCCAAUUGGUCCCCCUGGUCCACGUGGUCGUACUGGUGAUGUUGGUCCUGCUGGUCCCCCUGGACCUCCCGGUCCCCCAGGUCCUCCUGGCCCCCCAAGUGGUGGAUUUGACUUCAGCUUCAUGCCCCAACCUCCUCAGGAGAAAUCUGAAAGAUUAUACCGUGCUGAUGAUGCCAAUGUGAUGCGUGAUCGUGAUCUAGAAGUAGACACUACUCUAAAGAGCUUGAGCAAACAGAUUGAGAACAUCCGCAGUCCCGAGGGUACCAAAAAGAACCCAGCCCGCACCUGCCGUGACCUGAAGAUGUGCCACUCUGACUGGAAGAGCGGUGAGUACUGGAUUGACCCCAACCAGGGAUGCACUCUUGAUGCCAUCAAGGUCUAUUGUAACAUGGAAACUGGGGAGACCUGUGUAAAUCCUACACAAUCAAGCAUUCCACAGAAGAACUGGUAUACUAGCAAGAACCCACGUGAGAAGAAGCAUGUCUGGUUCGGAGAGACAAUGAGCGAUGGAUUCCAGUUUGAAUAUGGCAGUGAGGGAUCCGACCCAGCUGAUGUUGCCAUCCAACUUACUUUCCUCCGCCUCAUGGCCACCGAAGCUUCUCAGAACAUCACCUACCACUGUAAGAACAGCGUUGCAUACAUGGACCAACAAACUGGCAAUCUGAAGAAGGCCCUGCUCCUGCAAGGCUCCAAUGAUAUUGAAAUCAGGGCCGAGGGCAACAGCCGUUUUACAUUCAGUGUCACAGAGGAUGGUUGCACGCAACACACAGGACAAUGGGGCAAGACAGUCAUUGAAUACAAGACAUCAAAGACAUCACGCCUGCCCAUUACCGAUGUUGCACCCAUGGAUAUUGGAGCUGCAGACCAGGAAUUCGGAAUUGACAUCGGACCAGUCUGCUUCGUGUAAAAACAAAACACAAAUACCAGGACAGGAGAAUAUCUUGUGCGGACUUGAAAUUGUUGUUCCUCUCAUCUCUAAAACUGUUCUUGUUUCCGAAAGCAUUACACGAAAAAACAAACAGAUAGUCAUGCUUUGAAAAACAUCUCUCAAAGGACAGACCAAACCCGUGUGAAUUUGUGUUCACGGGAUGGAGAUUUUACACCUCUCCCAAUAUCUGUGCUCCCUGCUUACAUGAAUUGGCCUUUCUACAACCCAGAAGAAGUCCUCUCCACUUCGGAAAAAAUUGGAAUGUCCUUCCUAUGACUGUCCCUGGAUAUGAGAUGAGGAGAAUGUAGGAUCAAUGAUCCUAAAGUUACCAGAGUAGAAGAGGAGUAAACCAAAUCAUUUCAUGUAAUGCACCUUUUAAAAAAGAAAAAAUGUUUUUUUUUAUUUUCAUUUGUUCAGGUGGCAAAAAAAAUAAAUAUGAAAAAAAUUAAAUUGAAGGUGUGUGGAGAGUGUUUUGGAAUCAUGAAAAAGUAGUUUUUUCCUCUGGGUGUGAGUGUCUCCUUCUGCUUCUUGCUUCAUCAUUCUUGAAGUUUCUCCUCAAUGCUGAGCUUCAUCCUUGUCAUACUGAAAGCCCCACAGAUCAUUACGUUGAAGGUUCUUCCAGUGUUAGAAGGGUGAGCAGUGUAGAGUAUUAAUGCUUUUAUAUUCUGAGACUACCUCAAUGUCAUGUCCCACUCCAUUGGUGCUAUGGUCUCACUGCUUCUUUGAUGGUCUUCUCCACAGUAGCUUCAGUUUUUGGUGCUAAGCAAUAGAAGGAUCUAUUGUCCAUAUUUAUUCCCCCAAAUACCCUGCAACUUGAGGAAUUUAAGGUGCUAUCCUGUUCCACUCUUACCACUUCAUUUAAACCCCUUUCCCGUGAACACAAGGUCAUAAGGUCCUGUCUGUGUUGGUGUAAUUUCCACAUUCUUGUUUUGCUUGGUCCUCUUUUCCAUUCCUCCUCCUAAAUCUUCUUUUCUCUUCUUCUCCUUCCUGUCGCUGUUCUCCAUCUUUGUCCAACCCAAACCUAGACAGCGAUGCCAUGGGGUUUUAACUGAAACCAAAGGAUCUGUACCUGUUUGUAAUUGUAUAAUAAUUUGAGAUGUUUUUAAUUAUUUUGAUUGCUGAAUAAAGCAUGUGAUAUGGUCCAAAACA